AUGCAAUCAACACCCUUUACCCUCCGCACCCUCCUCUUCCGCCAUUCCCGCAAUCUCACUCUCACCCAAACUCAAACCAGACUCAUCUCCCGCACUCCUCCCCAUCACCUCCAGAAACCCGCUUCUGAAACAAUCAAAGAAGCUGUGAAAAAAGUUGAUCGGGCUGUUGCCGAUAAGAUCGUGGGUGGGAUUGAGGUUGGUGAAACCAUAACCCAAAAAGCCAAAUCCAUAGCCAGCACCUCGAGUAGCGAAGCCAAAGGAAAAGCAGCAGAGGUGACGGGGGAAGUAAAGGGAGAAGUGAAGGAGAAAGCUAAGGAGGUAAAGGGGAAAGCUAAGGAGGUGAAGGGAGAGAUGAAGGGGAAGAAGGAGGAGGUUGAGGGGGAGUUGUAG